UAUGGAGACGACCAUGUCGGUGUCACGACCUGCAAUUGCACCAGUUCUUGCAUACCUGGCAGUUUGUGUGACAGCCCGCUGUGAUUUCCGCAGAAUUCAUGCCGGCUCUCUGGAGGAAGGCUUUGAAAAGGAGCACAUGAGUCCCUUGCUGAUUGAGGGCACAACAUGGAACAGUGCAAACGCUUCACGUGAUGCGUUUCGACGAGUCUUUGAACAUAUUCCUGUGCAAUUGACUCGAAACAUCGAAUUUCAAUCAAGAAGUGGCACAAAACCUGAAGCAGUCAACACGACCUUUGGCGCGUGGGUGGAAACAUUGUCCGAGGAGGACAGCAUCCCGUUCGUUUUCGAGUUCUGCAAUGGCGCAUUGUGUCAAAAGAUCGAAUCUUCCUUUGGGAUUCCAGAAUAUUUGAAAAAAUCGUGCAUGAUCCUUUACAUCAACGCUGGUAAAACAUCCAAUGGAGUUGCCUUCCAUCAACACUGGCAGACUUGGGGCCAUUUGCUUGCGGGGAAGAAAAUGUGGUAUGUUUCACCUCCAGGAAAUACACCGUCUCGUCCUUUCAGGUACGAAAAUGAAAAUCAACUGAUGAAAGAUGGUUUUCAAGUCUGUGAGCAAAACGAAGGAGAAAUUGUUUUCCUUCCAAAGGAUUGGUGGCAUGCAACGUUCAACAAAGCAGAUUGGAAUCUUGCAAUUGGGGGUCAAGGUGGAAUAGGCAUUGGAGAGUAUGAUGCAGCGCGGAAACUGGACGAGACAAAGCUCAAGGCCAUGUCCAAAGAGGAGAUGCAGUCGGUCCUCCGCAUCGCUGUGGAAAAUGGACAACACGAAGCAGUUGAAACUCUUUUGUCCGCCGGGGCAACUGUGGAAGAGAACUGGAGCAAAGUGCACGGAGCAGCUGCAUCUGGUGGCAAUCCCACGAUUUUGGAACUGCUCAGCAAACACGGGCUUCUUCUUGACGCCAAAGAUUCGUCAGGAUCCACAUUUGGCCACCACAAUCCAAGCAAGAACAUUCUUGAGUUUUUACUGCAGCGUGGCGUAAACCUUUCAACGCCGGAUGGCGGUGGUGUGACAGUGGCACACGAGGCUGCCAUGCGAGGUCACAUUGGAAGCAUUCAGCUGCUAAAAGAGGCUGGAGUUUCUCUCUCUGAGCCGUGUAGUAAUGGUGCUACUCCGGCGCACUUUGCAGCAGCAGACGGCCAUGUUGGGGUGCUUCGCGAGCUGAUUAAAAGCGGAGUAGACAUGUCGAGGCUGGACUAUGCAGGGGGGACUUUGGCACACCAUGCUGCCUCGCAGGGCCAUGUUGCUGCUCUUCGGUUUCUCCUGGAUGAGAAGUUGCCUUCAGAUCCAGACGUCUCAGGCCGUACGUUGAUGCACGAGGCCGCUGCCACGGGCUUCCCUGCUGUCCUUGAUGAGCUGCACCAGCGAGGUCAUGACGCUAAGGCCGAGGACUUCUCGGGUCGAAGUGUGGCGCAGAAUGCCGCAGAGGGCGGCCACAUCGAGGUGUUGAGACAGCUCAGGCGUUGGGGUGUCGACCUGAAACAUAUUGACCGCGAAUUGGUGGGCCAAGAAGUGCUUGAGUUCCUUCAAUCAUCCGAACUAUGAUGCGACUUUGUUUGCUGAUAUGAUAUAAUCGUUAAGUUUCAUAAUCGAUGACAGUUGGCACAAGUUCCAGAUGUCCAGGCGCUUUUUGUAAUUGACGCUGGGCGCCUUUGACAUGAGUCACUAUGUUUUGGAACAGCAAGUUUCCAAGACUAUGUUCUCAGGUGUUGGCUGGUUUCAGCUGAUAUCGGCCUUAGAUAGGGUAGGUGGGCUACAAACGUGAGACGCUGCCAAAA